CGCGCUCCGCCUCCCUUCCUGCGCUCUCCACCACCGGGGAGGUCCGCAGGCUGCCGAGCUAACCCCCCCUCCCCGAAACCCUAAAAGUUUGCGAGCGGCACCGGGGAGCCAAGGUCCCGCUCGCCCCGCAGCAGAGGGCUGCACAUGACGCGCGCUGCGCUCCAGCUGGUACCCGGAGCAGAGGGCUCCCCAUCUGUGCGACAUCUCCGCGCUACAGUGAGCUAACGACAUCGAUCUUCGCUGCUGGUUCCACCGCCCCCCCUCUCCGGCUCUACCGAUCGGUCACAUCGAGCGUUGAUUGAUCAGCUGGGGCCCCCCGCAGACCAUCCUCCCAUCAUCCGGUGCAGGAAUCCCCUGCUCCUCAUCUGCCUUACAGGGUCCGCCUCCUCUCUACCUCAGCACCCCGAUGCCUCCUGCUCUCCAUCCCCGUAUAUAGAUCCAUCCUCCUCUAGUUUUUUAAAAUAAAAAUAUCUGCUUUUAACAAACCGAACAUAAGCGAUCCAAACUUCUACGGACCCCGGAGACAUCUCUGCUUCUGCAAACCAGCUGGCCUGUUUCCUCCCACACGCAGCUGCCCUCCGCUCUCCUUAUCUGAGUCGGUUCAACCAUCAGAGCCACGGCUCCCACCAUGCCGGGUCCGGUGGCCGGGAGCAAGGCCCGUGUGUACGCAGACGUCAACACCCUAAAGAGCCGGGAGUACUGGGACUACGAGGCCCACGUUCCCAACUGGAACAACCAGGAGGAUUACCAGCUGGUCCGCAAGCUGGGCAGAGGGAAAUACAGCGAGGUGUUCGAGGCUAUCAACAUCACCAACAAUGAGAAGGUGGUGGUUAAGAUCCUCAAGCCUGUCAAGAAAAAGAAGAUCAAGAGAGAGAUAAAGAUCCUGGAAAACCUGCGAGGAGGGACCAACAUCAUCCGACUAGUGGACACGGUCAAAGACCCCGUGUCCAGGACGCCAGCGCUGGUCUUUGAAUCAAUCAAUAACACAGACUUCAAGGAGCUAUACCAGAAGUUGACAGAUUAUGACAUUCGUUUCUACAUGUACGAACUACUGAAGGCUCUGGACUACUGUCACAGUAUGGGAAUCAUGCAUCGAGAUGUCAAACCUCACAAUGUGAUGAUCGACCACCAGUUAAGAAAGCUACGCCUUAUAGACUGGGGGCUGGCAGAGUUUUACCACCCAUCCCAGGAGUACAACGUCAGAGUGGCCUCUCGAUACUUUAAGGGCCCCGAGCUGCUGGUGGACUACCAGAUGUACGACUACAGCCUAGACAUGUGGAGUCUGGGAUGUAUGCUGGCCAGCAUGAUCUUUCAGAAGGAACCAUUCUUCCACGGACAAGACAACUACGACCAGCUGGUGAGAAUUGCCAAAGUCCUGGGGACCGACGAGCUGUUCGGUUACCUGAGGAAAUAUCACAUCGAAUUGGACCCGCGCUUUAAAGACCUGCUAGGACAGCAGAGCAGGAAGCGCUGGGAACAGUUUGUACAGACCGAGAACCAGCAUUUAGUGAGUCCUGAAGCUCUGGACCUGCUGGAUAAGCUGCUCCGCUACGACCACCAACAGAGACUGACGGCCACCGAGGCCAUGGAGCACCCCUACUUUUAUCCCGUAGUGAAGGAACAGUCUCUAUCAAACGCUGACAACAAUAUGGUUUCUAGUGGCAACACUACUGCCCGAUGAAAGAAGGGGAAGGAAGAUGGAUGUUUGUUACCUCAACUUUGUAACCGCUUGUGUCAGAACCUUGGACAAAGUGUACAGCCACAAAUGGAUCAAAACGACUCGGACCAGUUUACACACUCACAGAAACGUUCGCACGGACGAACGUCAAUGCAAGCACACGUCUCUAAACAAACAGAUGCAGAAACAAACACAAAAACCGCUCUACUCCUCUGUGUGUCGGUCUGUGGUUGGCUCGUCCUGGUUUCCUGUCUGGCAAUCUGACCAAUGACCUCGAAGCUGCUGCUACCCACUACUUUGACUGCUUUCUGUCCCGUCCUGUCUGGGUGACAUGUAGGUCAAUAAUGAGGUUUAAAGACAAAUUCCCUCUCCUCUUGUUUGUCAUCCCCUCAUCCCAUGUUUCCUUCUUCUUAAACUGCAUCAGCAUGGAGACCGAACAGGAGCUUUGAUAUUUUUUUUCAACCCGUCUUUUCCUUCGCAUCAUCCCUCUCCUCAACAGACCACAGGCGUCUUAGCACUACUCCAGAUCUGACGGCAUGGUGGACUCUAGAUAUUAUGAUAAAUAUAAUAUUAAUGA